AUGGCAGCAAAGCCCAAGCUCCACUAUCCCAACGGAAGAGGCCGGAUGGAGUCCGUAAGAUGGGUUUUAGCUGCCGCUGGAGUCGAGUUUGAUGAAGAGUUCUUAGAAACAAAAGAACAGUUACAGAAGUUGCAGGAUGGUAACCACCUGCUGUUCCAGCAAGUGCCAAUGGUUGAAAUUGACGGGAUGAAGUUGGUGCAGACCCGCAGCAUCCUUCACUACAUAGCAGAGAAGCACCACCUGUUUGGCAAGGAUCUCAAGGAGAGAACCCUGAUUGACAUGUAUGUGGAGGGGACGCUAGAUCUGCUGGAACUGAUUAUCAUGCAUCCUUUCCUAAAACCAGAUGAUCAACAAAAGGAAGUGGUUAACAUGGCCCAGAAAGCUAUAAUUAGAUACUUUCCUGUGUUUGAAAAGGUUUUAAGGGAUCAUGGGCAAAGGUUUCUUGUUGGUAACCAGCUGAGCCUUGCGGACGUGAUUCUACUCCAAACCAUUUUGGCUCUAGAAGAGAAAAUCCCCAAUAUCCUGUCUGCAUUUCCUCACCUCCAGGAGUUCACAGUGAAAAUCAGUAAUAUCCCUACAAUUAAGAAAUUCCUUGAACCUGGCAGCAAGAAGAAGCCUCCUCCAGAUGACAUCUACGUGAGAACCGUCUACAACAUCUUUAUGCCCUAA